AUGUUUCUCGCCGGGUUCCCGAAAGAGGUGCCGGUUCGAACCGUGAACCGGCAAUGCUCGAGCGGGCUGCAGGCGCGUUUUAUCUUACACUGGUUUCCAUACGACCGCGCGUGCGCGGACGUCGCCGCCGCGAUCAAGGCGGGGUACUACUCCGUCGGCGUCGCCGCCGGCGUGGAGACGAUGACGCUCAACCCGAUGAAGUGGGAGGGCGGGAUGAACCCGCGCGUCGCGUCCUCCUCCGACGCGCAGUCGUGCCUGGUGCCCAUGGGCGUGACGUCGGAGAACGUCGCGGAGCGGUGGAAGAUCACGCGAGAGCAGCAGGACUCGCUCGCGGCUCGGUCGCACGCGCGCGCCGCCGCCGCGCGCGCGAACGGCCGCUUCGACUCGCAGAUCGUCCCGGUGCACACGACGUGGAAGGAUCCGAAGACCGGGGAGACGAAGCCCGUCGUCGUGACCGAGGACGACGGCAUCCGCGAGGGGACGACGACGGAGUCGCUCGCGAAGCUUCCCGCCGUGUUCAAAAAAGGCGGCAGCACGACGCCCGGGAACGCGUCGCAGGUGAGCGACGGCGCCGGCUGCGUCCUCCUCGCGUCGCGCGCGUACGCGCAGCGGCACAAUCUCCCGAUCAUGGGCACGUUCGUCUCGUUCGCCGCGGUCGGCGUGGACCCGAUCGUCAUGGGCAUCGGCCCCGCGGUGGCGAUUCCGGAGGCGUUGAAACGCGCCGGAAAUCUGAGCGUCGACGAUGUCGACCUCUUCGAGCUCAACGAGGCGUUCGCGUCGCAGGCGACGUACUGCGCGGAGAAGCUCGGGCUAGACUCGGAGAAGGUGAACGUGAACGGAGGCGCGAUCGCGCUCGGGCAUCCGCUCGGGGCGACGGGCGCGCGGUGCGUCGCGACGCUGAUGCACGAGAUGCAUCGACGGAGGAGCGACGUCGGCGUGGUGUCGAUGUGCAUCGGGAGCGGCAUGGGCGCGGCGGGGGUGUUCGCGCGCGAGGCGUAG